AUGGCGAACCCGGUGCCGAACCCUGCCGAAUGCGGCAUCCAGGUGUUCUGCCGAGUUCGACCUCUAAAUAGCAUGGAGGAAAAGAAUGGUUCUAAGUUCAUUCCUAAAUUUCCUGCUGAUACUGAAGAAGCUAUAUCAGUUGGAGGCAAAGUAUACGUGUAUGAUAAAGUAUUCAAGCCAAAUUCUACUCAAGAACAGGUCUAUAUGAGUUCGUCGUAUCAUAUUGUUCAAGAUGUGUUGUCGGGUUAUAAUGGAACUAUUUUUGCUUAUGGUCAGACGUCUUCCGGAAAAACUCAUACGAUGGAGGGCAUGUUUGGAGAGCCAGAGAAGCAAGGCAUAAUUCCUCGAAUAGUUCAAGACAUAUUCAAUCAUAUUUACAACAUGGAUGCUGAUCUCGAGUUUCUAAUCAAAGUUUCAUAUUUCGAAAUUUACAAUGAAAAAAUAAGAGAUUUGCUCGACGUAACUAAAAUGAACUUGGCAAUCCAUGAAGACAAAAACCGCGUUCCUUAUGUGAAAGGAGCAUCCGAAAGAUUUGUUUCUAGUCCUGAAGAAGUGAUGCAGUGCAUAGAGGAGGGAAAAAAUAAUAGGCACGUUGCUGUGACUAAUAUGAACGAACAUAGUUCAAGAAGUCAUAGUGUUUUCCUUAUUCAAGUUAAGCAGGAAAAUACACGGACGCAAAAGAAGCUUAUUGGAAAACUUUAUUUAGUGGAUUUAGCUGGCAGCGAGAAGGUGAGUAAAACUGGAGCGGAAGGGAUGGUAUUGGAGGAAGCUAAGAACAUUAACAAGUCGCUUUCUGCCUUGGGCAAUGUGAUUGCAGCAUUGGCUGAAGGGACUAAAAGUCACGUUCCUUACCGUGACAGCAAAUUGACUCGGAUUCUGCAAGAAUCUCUGGGUGGGAAUUCUAGAACGACAAUUGUGAUAUGUUGCUCGCCAGCUUCAACUAAUGAAGCCGAAACGAAAAGCACUUUGACAUUUGGACAACGCGCCAAGACGAUCAAAAAUGUUGUCGUUGUUAAUGAAGAAUUAACUGCAGAAGAGUGGAAACGACGAUACGAACGUGAAAAAGAAAAGGUGGCAAGACUGAAAGCGCAGUUGGCGGAAGCUGAAAAUGAAUUGAAUAGGUGGAGAAGAGGCGAAAGAGUUCCAGAAGCCGAAUGGUUGAACUUAGCUGCGGUGACGACCUCAAAUCUUCCGGUCCCAAGCGACACGCUCUCUCCUUCUGCUAGUGAUUCAGCUCUUGGGUCACUGGAUCGAUCCAUAUCUGUUCCGCCAGUGCAGCUCUUGACCUCAUCUAUCGGCGCGAUCACCGACGCAGAUCGCAAAAAAUAUGAGGAGGAACGAGCUACUCUGUAUCAGCAGUUAGACGAAAAAGACGAUGAAAUUACUCAUCAUUCACAGUUAGCGGAGCGUCUAAAGCAACAACUCAAUGAGCAAGAAGAGUUAAUCAAGCAGAUAAAAAUUGAUUAUGAAAAUGCGCAAGCUGAAGUUCAAAGAAUACAAAGUGAAAACGAGGCAUCGAAAGAAGAGACCAAGGAAGUACUUACAGCACUGGAAGAGCUCGCUAUGAAUUAUGACAUGAAAACUCAAGAAGCCGAACAAAAGAACCGCGAAAAUGAACAAUUAGGGGACGAAAUUUCCAAGAAAAAUGUCAAGUUAGUGGAAAUUACUGCAGAACUUGAUGCCUUAAGAGAAAGUUGUAAUACACAAAAGAAGCGUAUAGCUGAUGCUAUGCAAAGUAUGUUGAGGGAUCUCGCUGAAGUUGGACCUAAUUACGCUAACAUCGCUAAGUUCAACAUGGAAGCGGGUUCAGAGAAACCGUUUGACGAGGAACUUUUUGCACACACUCGUAUUUGCAUUUCCAAAUUAAGCGCAGAUUUUAAGUCAGCUUUGCAGAAGGUUUCAAGUCUUGAAUCUGGUUCUGGUGAUGUAACCAUGAAGUUGGAAACAAUGGAAAAAGAACUUGCUGACUGUAGACUGCAGCUAAACCAAAAUGAAGCAAAAAACAAAACUCUUCAAGAAACCAUAGCGUCGCAGGAAAAAGCGAAACGUAGCCUUGAGGAACAGGUAGAUCAGCUUAAUGAGAAACUAACAGCUCAUGGUGGCGAAGCAGCGCAAAUGGGUGAGGAGGCGAAGGAACAACAUGCUAAGCAGGUUGCUGCUCUAAGGGAUAAGAUAGCAGAGCUUAGUAAACAGAUUGAGGAAUUGACGGCAUCUCAGCAGGAGAAACAGGUUAUUGUAGAGCAGCUGCGAUCCGACAAUGAAAAGUUGAAAACUAAGGAGGCAGACUGGGAAAAACGUAUGAAAGAACUUGCUGGCUUUUCAGAAAAAAGGGAACAAGCAAAAAGUGACUUAAAAGGUUUGGAGGAGACUGUUGCAAAGGAACUGCAAACAUUGCAUAAUCUUCGGAAAAUGUUUGUACAGGACAUUGGUCAGAGGAUUAAAAGAACCACUGGUGGAGACACCAAUGAAGAGGAGUAUAUGUCAUCUCCAGCACAAAAACAAAAAAUAAUAUUUUUGGAGAAUAAUCUUGAUCAGUUAACGAAAGUUCAUAAACAACUCGUACGUGACAACGCAGACUUGCGUUGUGAACUACCUAAAAUGGAAAAGCGACUGCGUACAACGAUGGAAAGAGUAAAAAACUUAGAAACUGCUUUGAAGGAAGCAAAAGAAAAUGCCAUGAAAGACAGGAAGAAGUAUCAACACGAAGUCGAACGCAUUAAGGAAGCAGUGCGCCAAAGGAACUUAAUGAGGAGAGGUCUUCCUGCCCCACAAAUUGCGAAACCGAUACGUCCUGGGCAGCACUAUACUGGUAUGAUGGGUGGAAUACAAACUCCAACUGCUGCUAUUCCUUCUCCAGUUCGCGUCGGCCAACCGGCAAAUCUCUCUGCUAUGAAUGGUAUUUAUAAAUAA